AUGACCACCCGCGAAACCAACCAAAAGGCCCUCUAUGAGGUCGGCAUGCCUAUCCGUCGCGCCGUCCUCGGCGACGCCUACGUCAAUAAUGCCCUUGCAAAGGGCAGCACCGAGUUUGCCCGCGCCAUGCAGGAGUUUACCACCGCCUUCUGCUGGGGUGCAGUCUGGGACCGCCCUGGGCUCGACCGCAAGCAACGCUCCCUGAUCAACUUGAGCAUGCUGGCGGCAACGGGAAAGAUUCAUGAAUUGGCCGUGCAUACUCGCGGAGCUGUGAUCAAUGGACUGUCCAAGACGGAGAUUCGGGAGGUGCUGGUGCAGAUCUGUAUUUACAUGGGUGUGCCGGCUGGGAUGGAGGCGUUCAAGACCUGUGAGGGUGUGUUGGAGACUAUGGAGAGGGAAGGUGUUCAGGUCAAGGAGUAG